AUGCCUCCGAAAGAAGGUUAUUUGAAAGCCAGAAAGUUGUUGGAGCAGACGUUUGGGCAGAAGCAUAAAAUUGCAAUGGCUCAUGUGGAGAAGCUUACCAAUGGAGGUCCAAUUAAAGUUGAAUAUGGCGAUUCAUUGGAGCAGUUUUCGAUUUCACUGAUGAGUUGCUCUAACACAUUGAAGGCGAUUGGUUAUCUCAGCAAGAUUGAAAAUCCCAAUGCUUUGAAGAGGAUUAUAGAACGGUUACCGUAUAAGUUGCAGGAAAGAUGGCGAGACGUUGCAGACAAAAUUAUGAAUGACGAAGGGAGAGAUGUCACUAUUGAAGAUGUUGCAAAGUUCAUUGAAAUUAAAGCAAGAUCCAUGAACAAUCCUGUAUUUGGUAAAUUAUCGUACUCUUCUAAAGAUCAGAAUGUUAAACCUAAAGUUCCAAGGCAGACAAAGAUCCCUGAAACAGAAAGCAAAUCAAGCACCUUUGCUACCGAAGUUGAUGAUGUAAAAAAAAAGCCUUGCAAAGAAUGCGGUGGGAAACAUGCAACGUUAUUGCAUUUCUCGCAACAAUCGACGCAAGACGAAGCCUUUAAGGAAAAGGACACAUCGAAGAAGAGUGACCAGCAUGAGCAUGAUUCUGAGAAAACCAAAGAGGAUUGUGUUGACUCUCGCUGCAGGUUUACCACGACCGUAGAAUCCAUUACAGCCUUACCCGUAUUACCAGUGGAGGUCAGGAGACGAGGCACCGUAGACUACAUCCACAUGUACGCCUUGCUGGACAAUGGCUCAAACUCUACCUUCUGUACCGAGUCCUUAAGAAAGCGCCUGGGGUGCAAUGGAACAGAAAAGAAGAUCAAGUUAACGACCAUUGGUACGAGACAAGAUAUCACAACUGUUAUGCUCGAUGAUUUGGAAAUUACAGACUUGGACGAAAAUAACCUUAUUCAUUUACCUGAAGUUUUAUGCCGACCGAAUAUACCGGUUACGAAGGACGAAAUCCCAACUCAGGAGGAUGUAGAUCUUUGGCGUUAUCUUCAUGGUUAUGUACACCUGCCCAAGAUCAAUUCUGAAGUAGAACUCCUCAUCGGAGCGAAUGUUCCGGAAGCCCUUCAACCCAUACAGAUAAUUAAUUCCCAAGACGGAGGACCAUAUGCUAGCAAAGUCGCUCUUGGUUGGGUAAUCAAUGGCCCUGUUGGACGAAAACUUGGAACAGCUCUUCACGCUAGCUUUUUGUGCAGUUUGCACUGA